AUGGAUUUUACUCAAUCGCCACCGAGUAAUAGCCUGUCGUUGGGGAUUUUAUCGCAUUCAUCGGUGGUUACUGUACCGAGUGGUAGUAAGAAUGAUCGAAGCUCGAAAGUCCUGGAUGACUCUAUCUCCUUUCAAAUCGAGUCGAGGAUUCAGGAAAUGGCGCAUCCGGUGCCUUCUAUUCCACUCCAAUUGAUGGACCAGCAAACGGGGAAUCAUCAUAACUGCAAAGAAGAGAAUUCGAACGAAGAGAAAAAAGAAAAUGAGGAAGUUGGAGAGGAGAAAGAUGUGGAGGAGUUUCGGUUUUGGGGGCAUUCGAUGUGUUUGAAGAGGAAGCUGGACUGUGAUUUGGCGUCAUCAACAUCGUCCUUGCCUGCGAAGAGUCUCAGGGCUUCCUCAAAUGAGCUUGAAUUGCGUAGGAACGCUGUGAGGGCAUGGGGGAAUCAGAGCUUGCGAUUUGCUGAUUCAGAUGUGUUCGAAAUAAUGGAGAAGGAGAAGAUGAGGCAAUAUAAAGGAAUUGAAUUAAUUGCCUCAGAAAACUUUGUUUGUAAAGCAGUAAUGGAGGCUUUGGGGAGCCAUUUAACUAAUAAAUAUUCUGAAGGGAUGCCCCGGUCGCGAUACUAUGGUGGAAAUCAAUAUAUAGACGAGAUUGAGAUACUCUGUUGUGAGCGUGCAUUGGCUGCUUUUGGGCUUGAUUCUGAGAGUUGGGGUGUGAAUGUGCAGCCAUAUUCGUGUACAUCUGCAAAUUUUGCGGUUUACACUGGGUUGUUAUUGCCCGGUGAUAGGAUAAUGGGGUUGGAUACGCCUUCUGGUGGAAACACAAGUCACGGUUGUUAUUUGCCAAAUGGGAGAAAGGUGUCAGGGGCAUCAAUUUUCUUUGAGAGUUUGUCUUAUAAGGUGAAUCCUCAGACAGGAUAUAUUGAUUAUGAUAAGCUGGAGGAGAAGGCGGUUGAUUUUCGUCCCAAGAUAUUAAUAUGUGGUGGGAGUUCAUAUCCUCGGGAGUGGGAUUAUGCUAGGUUUAGACAGAUUGCUGAUAAAUGCGGAGCUGUUUUGUUGUGUGACAUGGCUCAGAUUAGUGGUCUUAUUGCUGCUAAGGAGUGCGUAAGUCCGUUUGAAUUCUGUGAUAUUGUUACCUCAACAACCCACAAAAGUCUUCGAGGUCCGAGGGGAGGUAUUAUUUUUUACAGGAAGGGCCCGAAGCCAAGGAAAAGAGGCAUGCUUUUGAAUCAAGGUGAAGGCAGUGAUAGAUAUGAUUUUGAGGAAAAGAUAAACUUUGCAGUUUUCCCUGCACUUCAAGGUGGGCCGCACAACAACCACAUUGCAGCUCUAGCUAUAGCAUUGAAACAAGUGGCCACUCCUGAGUACAAGGCAUAUAUGCAGCAGGUGAAGAAAAAUGCUCAGGCUUUAGCAUCUGCUAUAUUAAGAAGAAAUUGUAGACUAGUCACUGGAGGCACUGACAAUCAUUUGUUGCUUUGGGAUCUUAGAAACCUCGGAUUGACAGGUAAAAAUUUUGAGAAGGUCUGUGAGAUGUGUCAUAUUACUCUCAAUAAGGUCACUAUAUUUGAUGAUAAUGGCAAUUUAACACCUGGCGGAGUAAGAAUUGGUACGCCUGCAAUGACGUCUAGAGGUUGUCUGGAGGCUGAUUUCGAGACAAUGGCUGACUUUCUCCUCAGAGCAGUACAGAUUGCGAGUUCAGUGCAGAGAGAACAUGGAAAAGUGCCGAAACCUUUUCUUAAGGGACUUGAGAGCAGCAAAGAAAUUGUCGAGCUGAGAACUAGAGUUGAAAGUUUCGCGUCCCAGUUUGCAUUGCCAGGAUUUGAUAUCUAA